CCGCGCGGCCGAGCAGCUCCAGCGAAGGCGGCUGCGGGAAGAGCAUGGACAUGGGUAACCAACACCCCGCCAUCAAACGGUUGCACGAAAUACAGAAGGAGGUCAAGGAGAUCGAGCAGCAGGUUGCCGUCUUCAGCGGUUUGCCGUCCGACAAGGAUUACAAGAAUUUGGAAAGGAGACUCACUAAGCAGCUCUUUGAAAUCGACUCUGUGGACACGGAAGGGAAAGGGGAUGUUCAGCAAGCCAGGAAGCGCGCGGCGCAGGAAACGGAGAGGCUGCUCAAGGAGCUGGAGCAAAUCGCCAACCAUCCCCGCAGGCUGGAAAUAGAGGCUAUCUUCAAGGAAGCGCAGAUGCUCGUGGAGCGUGAGAUUACCCCCUUCUACAAAGGAGGCAACCUCAUAAGCGAGGAGUUUGAGGAGGGCAUUCAGGACGUCAUAUUGAGGCUCACUCAGGUGAAAACUGGGGGGAAAAUCUCCUUACGCAAAGCGAGGUAUCGCACUCUGACCAAAGUAUGUGCCGUUCAGGAGAUUAUAGAAAGCUGUGUAAAGCAGCAACUGUCGCUGCCACUCUCUAAUGAUGCGCAUCCCUCUGUCUCCAAAAUUAACUCUGUGAUGUGCGAUGUGAACAAAGCUAGAGGAACCCUCAUUGCCCUGCUAAUGGGAGUGAAUAGUAAUGAUACCUGCAGGCACUUGUCCUGUGUGCUCACAGGCUUGAUCGCUGAUUUGGAUGCUUUAGAUGUCUGUGGUCGCACGGAAAUAAGAAAUUACAGAAAGGAAGUAGUUGAAGAGAUCAAUAAGCUACAGAAGUACCUGGACUCGGAAGAGGAAGCAAAGUCUACUCAUGCUUAUGAUUUGGCCCAAAAUCAGUCCAUUCUUAAAAUAGAAGAAAUCCGCAAGAAAAUGAAGGAAGUUAAUUCACUGCUUUUAAAAACAGAGAACGCUUCUGACUUGUAUUUGGGAUCCAAAGCAGAACUGCAGGGAUUAAUUGCCCAGUUAGAUGAAGUCAGUCCAGAGAAAAACCCGUGUAUUAGAGAAGCCAGGAGAAGAGCAGUAAUAGAAGUGCAAACUCUCAUAACCUAUAUUGAUUUAAAGGAAGCACUUGGAAAAAGGCAAAUAUAUCGUGAGCAAACAGCUGCUGAACAUCAGUCUCAUAAAGCAGUUUGGAGCAUUCUUGGAAACUUGUCUCAAAUUCAGCAGGAGGUGAUUUCAUUUGAUGGAAACAGAACGGAUAAAAAUUACAUGAGACUGGAGGAGCUUCUCACAAAGCAACUUCUAGCACUUGACGCUGUUGAUCCGCAAGGUGAUGAGCGUGUUAAGGCUGCCAGAAAGCAAGCAGUAAAGCUUGCACAGAAUAUUCUCUACUAUCUGGACAUGAAAACAGAUGAAUGGGAGUACUGAAGCAGCAGGAGAUACCUUUCUUUUUGCCUCUGGCACUUUCUGCAGACUGAUAGUCCCGCUGAUAGCCAGCACGUGGCUGAAGGUGGUGGUGUGUGUUUGCUUAAACCGUGGCGAUUGCAUAAGAGUUUGGCUUGGCCGUAUGUCUGCUCUCCCACGCACUUACCCACUUGCCAUGGCAACUGUCAGGACAGUCUUCAGCAAUUCUGGUCAUUGCCAUCAAGCAAAGAAGUGCGAUUCUYGUAAGGAAUAACUUAAUCCCGGAUCAGACAGCUUCUCUCUGUUUUUUGUUGUGAAAAUCCGGUGCAGUGUUUAGAGAAUGCAGCUCUUGCAAAGACGCAGGGACUUCCUUAUGGGACAAGACUGGCAAAACUGCUUGAGGAAGAGUGGAUGUGAAAAUGAGCGUUUAAGCAUAAGGCUGCAUCCAGCAAGUUCAGAGAAGUCUUGGUGUGCUCUUAAUGUGUUGUUGAGGGGGAAAGUAUUAAAUGCAAGAAAAAAAAAUUGCUGACUUUUGCAUCAUACUUUAUUCCAUCCAGCACAGCUUUCUGGGUUUUUAGCUUUCUUAGCAGAACUAUAAUGCCUACUUCACAUUAGCUUUUGCACAAGCAAAGCCUAUUAUACCUGGUUUUGUGGUUAUGUCUGUUUUGUCCCCUUCUGUUUGCAAAUCCACUUUUUUUUUUCUCCCUUGUCUUGAUGGAUCCUCCCUCAAAUUCUUGCUUUGAGGUAAAUGAGACCUGAAGAGGAAAAUCUGAUUACAUAAACAGGACUUUUUUGGGCUUAAACCRUCGAAAACUGCACUGAACUUUCUAUAGUGACUAAUUAGAUGUCUUUUUAAACUCCGCUGUUAGAUCUGUUUUUGACUAACCUUUUAACAUUUGAUGAAAAAAAUAGUCUCCCUGAUACGAAUGAGCAUUUCGGAAUUAUUUUUAUAAAAUUAGGUAGCUAUAAAAAUGUCCCUAAUGACUUAAAUGUGUGUUACAUAUUUCAUAAGGUCAGGUGUGGCUUCAAGCACGGCUUGCACAGGACCUGUGGCAGAUGUCUCUCUUAGUAACUCAUGACUUAAUUGUUYAGUAGCUUAGUAAAUAAGCUUGCUUAUACUGCUGGGUAGGUCUCCCGUUUUAUUUGUGGCUGCUAAUAUCGAUAACAUUUCUGCAACAGCACGUUCUUUGGCUUUUUUGGGAGCAUGGCAUUAAAAUGAAGGAGCAAAUCCAUAUAUAUUUAGUCAUGGAUAUUUUGCAUUUAAGUCUUUCAUUUUGAAUUUAUAAAUACUGUGGUGUAGAUGAUGAUUUCCACUACUGUAAGGAGUAUAAACAAUUUUGGAUGCUAAAUUAAAACUAUUUUUAGAUAUAUUUGUAAUUGCUUAGAGGAGAUAAUACUUUCUAUGAGAGACAAGUGCCUUUAUGACACCACUGACUUGCACCCCAUAUCUAGACAUAGAAGCUGUUGACUAAUGUUGAUGGAGCUAUAAUCUCUACCUGCUAGAUUUAUCCUAUAUGUAAUUCUACUACGAUAUAUGCCAAGUUAACAUAAUACAAUAGGUGACAGUUCUUCGGAGACUCAACAAACAGUCACCAAUUUGGAAAAUCCUGGUUCUUUUUGAAAAUGAACGUAUUGAUGUGCAGAUUGGGGACUUUGCGCAAGCCUUUUUUUGCCUGUUACUACAAGAAAAGGAGAAUAUUCAGUCUGUAAUGGGCUUUCAGGUGUUGAUACACGGCUGUGUAACUUCAGAGUAUGAAAAUAUUUCUGUUUGUGUUUGUAUUUCUAGAGAGGCCCACAUUUCUAGAAAGGCCAAUGUGUAAGGUUAGUGUAAUUUUGAUUAACUUAAUAGAGUUCAGUAGCAGUCUGUCAUGUGGGUUAAGCUUUUUUGUUUCCAUUAUUCUGCAGUCUAAUCAAUUGAGCAUUUAAAAUUUAUGGUAAAACGCUCAUCUGGAAUGGGAUUAAUUUGCAGUUUUUGCAUGAAUGAAAAUAGUAAACUAAAUAGGCUAAAACAAAAGAAUGUGGAUAUUUAGAGAAAACUUGCUUUUGGACUGAAUGUAAUUUUCCUGUUUCGUAUCCAAAAACUGAGGGGCACACAACUCUCUUCUUUCUGAUGUGGUAGGCUAAAAUAGUUGGCAAACUGUAAAUGGACCAAGUUGCAAAAGCCUGCUUUUUAGUACAAGAAUUAAAGAUAUAUUAACUUUUUGUGGGCUGUGUGAUAUGCCUUGGAGCAAAAGAAAUGAGUGGGUAUUUUUGAGAGAGGUAGUUGUACAUCAAGAUUUAUUGUUAAUUGUUCUGCUUUUUGAAGUAGUUUGUUAGUGUUUUUAUUGUUUACCACUCAAAAUGUUCUUUCUGUUACAGCUGCAAACUUUGUUACGGGUGAAAACUUCUGUUCAAUAUGGAAAUUAUUG